GUUUAGCUGUAAAUUAUUUAAAAAAAAAUGAAAAUUAAGAAACGCUUAAAAAUUAUUUUAGAAAAAAACUAGUAGUAUUUUCUAGUUUGGCAACACUUUUAUGGAAACGAGGUUUUUCUUGACACGAGAUCUCUCUCUUUCGCGCAUGCUUCGAAGUCGAAAACCAUAAUGCAGAUCUUUGUCAAAACCCUUACGGGCAAAACCAUCACCCUUGAGGUUGAAGCAUCGGACUCCAUUGACAAUGUGAAAGCAAAGAUUCAGGAUAAGGAAGGAAUUCCUCCUGAUCAACAAAGAUUGAUCUUCGCUGGCAAGCAACUUGAAGAUGGACGAACUUUGAGUGAUUACAACAUCCAGAAAGAAUCCACUCUUCACCUUGUGCUUAGAUUGAGAGGAGGUGGUAAGAAGAGAAAGAAGAAGACUUACACCACUCCAAAGAAAAUCAAGCAUAAGCGUGUCAAAGUCAAGCUUGCAACUCUUAAAUACUACAAGGUUGAUGAAAAUGGCAAGAUCUCCCGUUUGAGACGUGAAUGUCCCAACACUGAAUGUGGUGCUGGAGUUUUCAUGGCUUCCCACUUUGAUCGUCAAUAUUGCGGCAAAUGUGCCCUCACAUACGUGUUCAAACCUGAGAACCAGUAAUGAAAUAAAACCCGUUUCACAUUA